UAAAGGUCGCAGUUUUACAGCAUUAUCAGUUUUGGAAGAUCAUUGAAUGAAGUAGCAUCUCGUCGGCAAUGAAUUCGUUUGUUUGGGUUUUACUUCUUGUGGGUGUUGCUGUUGCUAGUGCCAGUAACAGCGACAGUGAAGUUUCAGACCCUCAUACAGAACAAUGCAAAGUGGGCGAUACGAAGUUCAAAGACUGCAACUUCUGCAAGUGCACAAACGGCGCCUUCGAGUGCACGGAAAAGAAGUGUCCAGACCGCGGAAAAAGAGGUGUGCCCGUGGCCGCUGACUUAAAAAACACCCCGUGUGCCCCUAACGAUUACUUCAAGAUCGACUGCAACACUUGCUAUUGCAAUAUCGAGAAAACGGGCUAUCUUUGCACGGAAAACUUGUGCCCGCUCACCGAACCGCCGGCGACGGACGCACCGCCCAAUAACGCCACCAUUGCUUUGAAUGACACCGUAACCGAAUCAACUGUUGCUAAUUUUUUUAACACCACUGAGUCAAUUAGUAAUCACUCGGAUACUGGCGGUGGCACGACCCCCAGUUUGAAUGUCACUCUUAUUCUAGAUGACUUUUCUUGCACUCCCGGCCAGACGUUCAAGAAGGAUUGCAACACGUGCACGUGCACCCCGGACGGGAAAAAUGCCGUCUGUACGCUGAAAAAGUGUGCGGAAGCUGUGGCAAACGCAACACGGCCAAAGCUACACCAAGUUAAAAUGAAGACCCUCAUCCUGUGCUGUCUUGUGCUCAGUGUCCUGAUUGCCAGUGUUGUCUCCGAAGAAGCGGAGUGCAACAACGGCGACACAAAAAAAGUCGACUGCAACUCUUGUCGUUGCACCAACGGCCUCUGGUCAUGCACGAAGAAAGUCUGCUUAGAGCGCAAAACUAGAAAUGCCUUCUCUUGCAAACCUGGCGAGACUUUCAAACGGGAUUGCAAUUCGUGCACUUGUACUUUAGAUGGGAAAAACGCUGUUUGUACUUUGAAAAGUUGUGUGGGGCCGAAAGCUUGACAUACCGUUUGCCAGCCCGGAACUACGUUCAAAAAAGAUUGUAACACCUGUGUUUGUAACAAGGAUGGAACCAAUGCUGCCUGCACCCUGAAAGCUUGCCUCUAAUUACUGUGUACUGUUUCGUUAUUUUUUUCAGUAAUAAAUUUUGAAUUAUU